AGAGACAUGAUCAUCAUGGGAUCAGGAGGCCAAAUUUAUACUCUGUGCUACUAACAACAUGUGUGAUCUAGUCCCAGAGAGCAUGCGGCUAUUCAAUCGAAAUCAACAUUUGGUAAUCUACCACCAAUAUCUGAUGAUCUUACCACAAGUAAUAUCUGGGGAUUUAACCGCCAUUAACAUCUGGUGAUCCAGCAUCAGCCAACAAGUGACCAUCAACAUUUAGGAUCUGAUUAAAACCGUGUUGACAGUGCAUUUACAAUUACUUAGAGAAAACUCGUUGACGAAUAGCGUGUGAACUGGGGCAACAUUUUGCUAUUGGAAUGUUUGUGAAUGUGUUGAAAGGUAUCAGCAGCAAAUGUGAUAUAAAUGUGAUAUUAAUAUGAUAUAAUUGUUACUGCCAUUUAAAGACAUGAGGCUUCAAACGAAGUUUAAACUCUAUCAGUUCUUUUCUUGUAAUGUAUUUCAUGGAGAUUGGUAACGAAAUAUUAAUAAGGAGAUUGGUCACGAAUUAUUCCAAAAUGACGUCACUGGGGAAUACUUCUGAUAUCACCAACCCUCGGGCUUAUUUACAAAGUCUGAAUGCACAGUUUGCUGCUGUCGUUUUACCGGCGGUGGUGGUUCUUGGCGUGUUGAUGGUGACGGGUGCUGUGGGCAAUGUCAUCGUGUUGUACGUGUACACCUGGAGGAUGAAAGCAGGAACGAUCACUCGGUACAUCCAGGCUCUAGCCGUCUUUGACUUGUUCAGUUGCUGCCUAGCUAUCCCGGGUAAGCCUUAUUGUAUCACAUCUCAUUCAGCUAUAACCACAUCUCAUUCAGCUAUAACCACAUCUCAUAUAGCUAUAACCACAUCUCAUUCAGCUAAAACCACAUCUCAUACAAUCAGGGGCGUCAACAGGGGGCUGCAUACCGCACCGGGUGACACCCUCGUGGGGGGGGGGGAAGACAUCCAAUAAAAAAUUUCAAAUUCGAUCCAGUCUGUUUCAUAACAGAACUCAUUUAAAUACAAGAAUAGCGUGACAUCAGACUAUGAUGUCACAAUGGCUGAGUGCCAUCAGAUUAUUGUGCCACCAUGGCAUACUGAUAUCAGAAUUUGGUGUCACCAUAGCAGAGAGACAUCAAAAUAUGAUUUUAUUUAAUGCAGUCUUUAAUUUGUGCUGAUCUCCUGGAUCUUGACAACGCACUCUAGAGCUGAGCAUCUUAGAAAACUGCUGUAUGUAGAUCAAUAUCGACGUGAUCAAAUGUUUGCCAUUGUGAUUAGUUUAUUGUGAAAUAAAGCUUCAAUUAUGGAAAUAUGUCAUUGUGAUUAGUUUACUAUGAUGCAAAAGCUUCAACUAUGGAAAUAUGUCAUUGUGAUUAGUUUAGUAUGAUGCAAAAGCUUCAAUUAUGGGAAUUUGUCAUUGUGAUUAGUUUACUAUGAUGCAAAAGCUUCAACUAUGGGAAUUUGUCAUUGUGAUUAGUUUACUAUGAUGCAAAAGCUUCAAUUAUGGGAAUUUGUCAUUGUGAUUAGUUUACUGUGAUGCAAAAGCUUCAACUAUGGAAAUAUGUCAUUGUGGUUAGUUUAGUAUGAUGCAAAAGCUUAAAUUAUGGGAAUUUGUCAUUGUGAUUAGUUUACUAUGAUGCAAAAGCUUCAACUAUGGGAAUUUGUCAUUGUGAUUAGUUUACUAUGAUGCAAAAGCUUCAAAUAUGGGAAUUUGUCGAUGAGUUAAUAUAAACAGUAGUGUUGUAGAAAUGGAGCCUCUGUGGUUCUCAGAAAGAAAACAAUAUGAAUAAGAAUGCACUCUGAAAUUAUUUUAUUUGUUAAAAAUUCUUUCUUUAAAUUGUGCUGUAGUCAAAUCCUUUCUUUAAAUUGCGCUAUAGUCAAAUCCUUUCUUUAAAUUGUGCUGUAGUCAAAUCCUUUCUUUAAAUUGCGCUGUAGUCAAAUCCUUUCUUUAAAUUGCGCUAUAGUCAAAUCCUUUCUUUGAAUUGCGCUGUAGUCAAAUCCUUUCUUUAAAUUGCGCUGUAGUCAAAUCCUUUCUUUAAAUUGUGCUGUAGUCAAAUCCUUUCUUUAAAUUGUGCUGUAGUCAAAUCCUUUCUAUAAAUUGCGCUAUAGUCAAAUCCUUUCUUUAAAUUGUGCUGUAGUCAAAUCCUUUCUUUAAAUUGCGCUAUAGUCAAAUCCUUUCUUUGAAUUGCGCUAUAGUCAAAUCCUUUCUUUUAAUUGCGCUGUAGUCAAAUCCUUUCUUUAAAUUGCGCUAUAGUCAAAUCCUUUCUUUGAAUUGCGCUAUAGUCAAAUCCUUUCUUUGAAUUGCGCUAUAGUCAAUUCCUUUCUUUAAAUUGCGCUGUAGUCAAAUCCUUUCUUUAAAUUGCGCUAUAGUCAAAUCCUUUCUUUAAAUUGUGCUGUAGUCAAAUCCUUUCUUUAAAUUGCGCUAUAGUCAAAUCCUUUCUUUGAAUUGCGCUAUAGUCAAAUCCUUUCUUUAAAUUGCGCUAUAGUCAAAUCCUUUCUUUAAAUUGCGCUGUAGUCAAAUCCUUUCUUUAAAUUGCGCUGUAGUCAAAUCCUUUCUUUAAAUUGUGCUGUAGUCAAAUCCUUUCUUUAAAUUGUGCUGUAGUCAAAUCCUUUCUUUAAAUUGCGCUAUAGUCAAAUCCUUUCUAUAAAUUGCGCUAUAGUCAAAUCCUUUCUUUAAAUUGUGCUGUAGUCAAAUCCUUUCUUUAAAUUGUGCUGUAGUCAAAUCCUUUCUUUAAAUUGCGCUGUAGUCAAAUCCUUUCUUUAAAUUGUGCUGUAGUCAAAUCCUUUCUUUAAAUUGUGCUGUAGUCAAAUCCUUUCUUUAAAUUGCGCUAUAGUCAAAUCCUUUCUAUAAAUUGCGCUGUAGUCAAAUCCUUUCUUUAAAUUGCGCUAUAGUCAAAUCCUUUCUUUGAAUUGCGCUAUAGUCAAAUCCUUUCUUUGAAUUGCGCUAUAGUCAAAUCCUUUCUUUGGUUACGCAUUAGAAUAGCGAUGAAUCCAUGAUUCAGAAGCAGAAAGUGGGGGGCGGGGGGGAGGGGGGGCAUCCUGAUGGAGUUUGUUGAUUCAGGAACUCUACUGGAUGGUUCUGAGAUCAGAACAUCCCUUUAGUCUUCUGAGACCAGUGAACCAGAUAUUUAAUAGAUUCCGACACGUCUUGUUGUCAUAUAUGUGAGCUUUCGAUGCAUCUCCAGCGUUCGUUGAUUGGUUGACACUUUCAUAACACGCUUCACCAAAUCUUCGCUUUCAUGACACGCUUCACCAAUUCUUCGCUUUCAUGACACACUUCACCAAAUCUUCGCUUUCAUGACAUGCUUCACCAAUUCUUCGCUUUCAUGACACGCUUCACCAAAUCUUCACUUUCAUGACACGAUUCACCAAAUCUUCGCUUUCAUGACACGCUUCACCAAUUCUUCGCUUUCAUGACACGCUUCACCAAAUCUUCGCUUUCAUGACACACUUCACCAAAUCUUCGCUUUCAUGACACACUUCACCAAAUCUUCACUUUCAUGACACGCUUCACCAAAUCUUCGCUUUCAUGACACGCUUCACCAAUUCUUCGCUUUCAUGACACGCUUCACCAAAUCUUCGCUUUCAUGACACACUUCACCAAAUCUUCACUUUCAUGACACGCUUCACCAAAUCUUCGAGUGACAUUUUAAGGAAUUCGAUUUCUGUCAAAUAAAGCCAACGUUCUAUGAGUAUUUUUAAGAAUUCCAUUUAGAAAAAGGGAGUAAAUUUUGAGACUACUGAACACAACUUUGCACACUGUUGGUGCAGUUAUCGGGAAUAUGCUGUGCGCUAAUGAAAUCCGCGUAAUAUGAUGAUAUUCAAUUUGCUUUAUAUAUCUGUUUAGGUCCGCCUAUGACCUGUGAUGCACCCUCCUUGCCCUGCCUCAUUUUCUGUCUCGGGUCGAUCCUGUAGUAUAGGCCAAAACGUGCCAAAGUGUCCCCGUUUUAUAGCCAUUUUAAUUGUUUCUAUAGUAUAGUAGUUACUAUCCUAGUGUCUCAUUUUUAUUUUACUUAGUUUACAUGUUUUUAAUAAUUGUAAAGCGCUUAGAGCUUUAAGGUAAGCGCUAUAUAAAAAUGCCUUAAAAAAUAAAUAAAUAAAUGUAACUAGCUAUAGAUAUAACCCGUUAAAAAUGACGAAGUCCUUCAGAAAUAAAUAUAUUUUUUCCAUCCCGAAAUUUAAAAUAUAUAGAUACUUAAUAUCCGAUAAGUUGGCCUACAUUAGACCUAUAUGCACAUUUCUAGUCCAAAACGACGGUCUUUUUCAUUAAUUUAAUAUAUAGUUUAGACUUUGGUGACCCCUUCUUUAGACUUUGGUGACCCCUUCUUUAGACUUUGGUGACCCCUUCUUUAGACUUUGGUGACCCCUUCUUUAGACUUUGGUGACCCCUUCUUUAGACUUUGGUGACCCCUUCUUUAGACUUUGGUGACCCCUUCUUUAGACUUUGGUGACCCCUUCUUUAGACUUUGGUGACCCCUUCUUUAGACUUUGGUGACCCCUUCUUUAGACUUUGGUGACCCCUUCUUUAGACUUUGGUGACCCCUUCUUUAGACUUUGGUGACCCCUUCUUUAGACUUUGGUGACCCCUUCUUUAGACUUUGGUGACCCCUUCUUUAGACUUUGGUGACCCCUUCUUUAGACUUUGGUGACCCCUUCUUUAGACUUUGGUGACCCCUUCUUUAGACUUUGGUGACCCCUUCUUUAGACUUUGGUGACCCCUUCUUUAGACUUUGGUGACCCCUUCUUUAGACUUUGGUGACCCCUUCUUUAGACUUUGGUGACCCCUUCUUUAGACUUUGGUGACCCCUUCUUUAGACUUUGGUGACCCCUUCUUUAGACUUUGGUGACCCCUUCUUUAGACUUUGGUGACCCCUUCUUUAGACUUUGGUGACCCCUUCUUUAGACUUUGGUGACCCCUUCNUAUCGGGAAUUAUAUUUUGUGCGCUAGUGAACUCAUUAUUUAACCACACUCUGGCGUAUCUAUAUAUAGCCUGCAUGGUGGUGUUUGACCUUUGCUGGCGAAUUAUAUAUUAAAACAAACUUUCUUUCUUGAUAUCACGAAAAUGGUUUUAAGAAUUGUGGUGUGGACAUAAUAUGUCCAAUAUGCAUAGUCUGAAAAUGUUAAGGUUUUUCAAACAUUGUCAAUCUUAAAAAAAAUAUGUGUAUGUGUUCAAUAACGGUUUGUCCAAAGGUUGUAUCUCUUAGCGUUACAGCCAUACCAAAGGUUGUAUCUCUUAGUGUUACAGCCAAACCAAAGGUUGUUUCUCUUAGCGUUACAGCCAUACCAAAGGUUGUUUCUCUUACCGUUACAGCCAUAUAGGUUUUUUCUCUUAGCGUUACGGCCAUACCCAAGAUUGUUUCUCUUACCGCUACAGCCAUACCCAAGGUUGUAUCUCUUAGUGUUACAGCCAUACCAAAGGUUGUUUCUCUUAGCGUUACAGCCAUACCAAAGGUUGUUUCUCUUAGCGUUACAGCCAUACAUUCAUAUUACAUGACUCAUUUAAAUGCGCUUCUUUUGAAAAAAAAAAAAAAAAAAAAAAAAAAAUCAACCUAAUGCAGAAAUAACAUGUGUAUUUUUAAUGACUUAGCGUAGAAUGGAUACACACCUACGUCACAUAAACUUGGAGUAAGUUUUGUAGCCAUUGAUAAAUAUUGCUAUCAUAUACAUGUAUGCAUGUUUCGUAAUAGUCAUUUGUGUGUGUUCAAACAGGGGAGAUUAUUGACAUGACCAACAAUUACACGUUUGGAGCAAAUCCACUUUGUCAGACGGUUAGGACGAUCAAUCUGUUUUGUACCAUGGCCUCGGGCAGUAUACUCAUAGUGGUAGCCAUAGACAGGUAAGGUUCAUAUUCAUAUACGUUAAUAGGAUAAGAAAUUUGUGGAUUAACUUUAUAUAUGAUAUUCAACAUAUGCCAUGCGUCACGCGUCUAAAAGGGAGGGGGGGGGGUGUCACAUCUGUGUGACAAUGUGUGACUAGAGGAGGUUAAUUAAGCUAUGUGACGUCACAUUUAGAGGGGAACAUUCUUGAAAAAAAAUACACCUAGUGACACUUCAUUGCAGACUUUUUUAACAUUAUUAUUUUGUACAAUAAUUAUAAUUAUAUUAUUGUUAAACUAAGAUCACUGAGAGAAUCAGUGCAGGUAUCAGUGCAAGUAUCAGUGCAGGUAUCAGUGCAGGUAUCAGUGCAGGUAUCAGUGCAGGUAUCAGUGCAGGUAUCAGUGCAGGUAUCAGUGCAGGUAUCAGUGCAGGUAUCAGUGCAGGUAUCAGUGCAGGUAUCAGUGCAGGUAUCAGUGCGUGGUCCGAGAAAUUGCAUCGGAUCAAGUUACAGGACGCCAUGGAGGAGGAGAAUCGGUGUCGGGUGACUUUGACAGUGGACUCAGUAGUGAGAAUUUAAGCUGAAAUGUGGAGACGGGAAUCAUAGAAUUGGGGCUACCACGUGAAGUGAAAUGGAACGAAAAAUAAUUGACUGGGGUAUGAGAUCUUAAUAAAUGUUCUAGGGCAGAGAUUCUAAACCUUUUUGUAGCGCUACCUUUAGGGAAAUGUUUCUGACACAGGUGCAGUAAUUUCUAACUUUUUGUGACGAUGGUAUGGGGGGGGGGGAUUUGGCAAAAUUUGCGUGUUGUCAUUUAUGGAUUUAGGGUACCAGGCAAAGGGGGCAAAUAUAAAGACCUUUAAACCUACGAGUUGUCCUAAGGGGCCGAUGAUCGGUUGCUUCUAUGGCUAAAAGGACAAUCUGCAGUUACCAAAAUUAAUAUUAUAAUGCGAAUCUGACGUUUCACUAUUAUUAAAGGGGGGGAACUCUCAAAAACUAGUUUUAUUUACUUCAUAUGGAUUUUAAAAAAACGCACAAGAGAAUGUUUUGUGUCUAUACUUAUAUCAUUUAGACCCAUUACAUUUAGACCCCUAGAAUCAAGCAAGAUGAAACAUGUUAAAAUAUAAUUAGGUGGAUCGGCUAAUGCCACUGGUUCAGAAAAAACUUAAAUUAUCAAAACAGAAUAAAGGAAGGCAGUGGAUAUUUUGUCCAAAACUGAAAAGCUGACUCAUUUCUUCACUCAUCAAGAUUAUCAAGAUGUUGAGUUCUACAUGCUACAAAAUAAUUCAAAAUAUGAAGUAAAUCUAGUGAUGGAGAGUUGUCGGUUGAUUUCUCUGCUGCUGAUAUAGCUUAAUGAAUUGUUCGUGGUCCCAAAGACUGUCAACACCAUGCAUGGCGGGGCAUUUUGACAAGUCUUACCGUCAUUUCAGUUGUGGCAAGCCAGGAAUUUACUACUCACAGAAACAUUUCAUUGGAACAAAAACCAAUGAGACUUUCAAGAGAGAUUUUGGUUAUUUAUUUUAUCCAUCAUCACGAGGUCAGUCUUAUGAUAGUGCUCCUUACAUGUGAAACAAAUCAAUUUGCUAUGCAUGUACAAUGUACAGCCCCCCAUAUGUAUGUACAUUGUACAGCCUUCAUAUGUAUGUACACUGUACAGCCCAUUAAAUUCAUUAAAUCUAAUUGACCGGAUCCCUGUUGACAGAUGCAGUUAAUUUUUUCUCAAUCAUUUUAGAAGCACUUGAUUGUGUACAUUGUACAGCCUUCAUAUGUAUGUACACUGUACAGCCCAUUAAAUUCAUUAAAUCUAAUUGACCGGAUCCCUGUUGACAGAUGCAGUUAAUUUUUUCUCAAUCAUUUUAGAAGCACUUGAUUGUGUAAUCAGAAUCAAAAGGGAGAUACUUGAUAAGCAAAUAAUAUUUAUAAAUUCUACUGAAUGAGGAUGUGAACUUAAAAACAUAUGCAUAGCUCUAUGAAUCAUAAGGUGAUCAACUGUGUUCUUCAUCAGAUCAUUAAAAAAAAAUAUGAAGCAGCUACUAAUAAAGAGAUAUACCCGAUGGGAAUUACAAGCUAACUCUAAAAUUUAACAGCCCAAAUAAGGCGAUGGGCCAGAAGUACACCUAAGCCUAAAUGCAAGAGACAAAUUUUGCAUAAAUACCUUUGAUCAAAUUACUGAUACAAUGCAAACUGAGAUGAGAAGACGAGGAAAAGGAAAUAAAAUAAUAGCAGAGAUUUUUACAUACUAAUUCAAUUGUGUGCCACAUACUAUCGGUAUCGACUCAUUAUCAUCUGAAAGUGACAUGAAUUUUAGUGUUGUGAAAAUAGAAGACGAGGAAAAGGAAAUAAAAUAAUAGCAGAGAUUUUUACAUACUAAUUCAAUUGUGUGCCACAUACUAUCGGUAUCGACUCAUUAUCAUCUGAAAGUGACAUGAAUUUUAGUGUUGUGAAAAACUUAUAGGAGCCAGAAUGAUCAAUACAUUGAUCGUGGGCCCUCAAAAUAUAGAAGAAGAAGAACGUAUUAAUGCUUUCACUUUCAGUACAAGUUCUGUUUAUCUCAAUAAAGGUUUAUUUUAUGGUUCACAUUUCUUGAUAUUUUGAGUUAGAUAUAAUAUGGAGGCACCAAAAUUUUAAAGUGCUUAGGGUCUCUAAGGGUUUUGAUCCUGACAUUAUAAUUAUACUAGUUACUGGUCCAAAUUUAUGAGAUAAUAUAUUUCAGGAAUAAGAAAAAUUGCUUUAUUAAAAUGCUUCCUGCUUCACUGAUGAUUAAAGACUUGAUAAAUAAUUACAAUUAAAUAAUUACAAUUAAGCUCUUGGCGUGCAUUUAUUUUCAUCCUAUAAAGGUGAGGCAAAGGUCAUGAAAAAGGAAGAAGACAUUAACAAAUUAUUAUAGUGUUUUUCGAUAAUUUAAUUCUUUUUCAACAACUAGACAAAUAAUAACUGCAAUAUCUUUAACAGAUAUAAAAGAAUUUGCUGUCCAUUAAAGAGACAGAUCACACCUCGAUGUGCUCUGGUCAUCAUUGUGCUUUGUGCUGGUAUUGCUCUUUUCUUCUCACUGCCCACAGCCGUUAUGUUUGGUGGCAGGACCAUCACUACUGAUGUUCCAAAUAUCAAUGGGACCGACUGCUCUGUUAAUGACAGGUAAGAAUUCAAUUGCAGAUGGGUAGGUAACAAGGUGGAUGGGGAAUGUAUGUAAAGUUAAAUGUCAAAUUUCCAUGCUGUGUAUGCAGUUAGGUAUUUAUACACUAUAUGUAUGUUGACAUUUGUGCUACCAUGAUGUCAAUAGAAGUGUUUUCAUUGUCAAAUGUUUUGUUUAUAAAAACAAAAAGCUAUCUAGCAAAGUAGAAAUAUUCCUUAACUUCAUAGGUCGUGUCAUGUUUAUAAAAACAAUUACUUAUUUAGCAAAUUAGAAAUGUUCCUCAACUUUAUAGGUCAAGUCAUGUUUAAAAAAACAAUAAAUCAUUUAGCAAAGUAGAAAUAUUCCUAACUUCCUUGGUCAAAGCUGCAAAUUUUGAUUCAUCAAUAUUCAAUUUCUAUUUGAAAAACCACCUUCACACUCAGGCCUUAGCUUUACUCUAUAUUUUUUUAAGUAUUGUGUUCUAGACAAAGAUAUGUAUGUGGGUCAAGGCAGCCGAUAGGCACAUUGUUACCUGUAACCAGAAAGUGUUGUGGACCCAAUGUUAUAGUGAACAUAAGCUGACUUUGUUUUAGGUAUGUGACCACCAUCUUACCCUUGGCUUACAGUAGUGUGCAGAUGUUCCUCUUCCUGGUCGGAGCCAUCAUCCUCAUUGUUCUCUACACUCUUAUUGCCAAAAGAAUAUUUCACCACGCCCAUCUUCGACAACGUCGGCGUUCAAGUGUCAUUAUCGGCAGGUCCAAACCGCUUGGUGCUAGUACUUCAGUGUGUUCAUCCCCAACCCCUGACAACAAUGACCAGCAGUUUAACAUAUUCUCCUACAGUAAUAAUAAUAACAACAGUGAUUUCAGGCCAAACUUGAGCUCGGGUCAAGAAGAUCCUAAAUCAAUGGAUGUUGUUCAAAUGAAAACCUCAAACAUUCUGGAUAAUAUUAAGUGCGCUGGUAAUUCAAAGGUCAUAGAUCAUGACCAGUUGGUCAGGGCAGGAAAAGAGAUUCAGAAUAUCCCAAGUUUGUGUGAGCUUAAUGCCACUGAUGAACCAAACCGUACGAUCUCAAAAACUCUGACGGAUUCCGAAGAGGCUCACAAAAUUGAUGGCGCUGUUAUGGACAAUGACAGAUGGAUGAACAGAGGCACCUGUUACGAUGACAAUAUAAUAAAAAUUCCCAGAUUAGUUUUAUUGCGUCGUCGAAGUUCUUUGACUGACCUAAAAUCUGUAGCUCAGGUGAAACCAGAUACAAAAGUUGGUUUGGCCUCUAAAUCAUUUCAAGUGUUACAAGAUGGAUUCUUGCCUUUUGAAGACAAUCUGGGUGCUGCAGAUCACAUUUCUAAGCCCACAGAUCACAUUCAUAAGCCCACAGAUCACAUUCCUAAGCCCACAGAUCUCAUUUCAGAAGAUUCUUUCCUUCAAACAUCAUCUCAAACACUUCCUUAUAAAUUAGCCCAUACGUCUCCCCAUACGUCUCCUCCAGCCACACCUAUCGAGGAUCUUGACAACCCAAAACGUUGGCUUCUCACAUCCCAUUGUCAUAAUGGUGAUCUUUUAUGGAAUCAAAGCCGGGCAGCGCCAGGCAGCCAAUCACUUCACUCUAAUGGAGCUGGUAGUAAAAUUGACAGUCGUUUGAUAUUUUCAAAUAUAACAAACCAUUCAGAGACAAAUAAGAUUGAUAAAAGGCUCUUCAAUGAAAGAACAAAUGACUCAAACAAGAUGUUUGAAAUAGUGCAGAUCAAUAAAGUCACUGGUUGUGACAAGGUUAAAAUUACAAGACACUCAUUUAUGACCGGGGCUUCCAAGCAAGCAUUUGAAUCCAGAAAAAUAGUUGGAUUUAAUUAUGCCAUUAACAGACAAUCUUCAGAAGAACGGAUUUCUGGCGGGCAAGGUUAGUUUUUCAGUGUCUUCUUAAUAAUAAAAGAAUGUAAUAGUAACAUGUGGGGCCCUUAUCAGUUGGGCACUUAUCAGUUGGGCACUUUUCAGUUGGGCACUUGUCAGUUGGGCACUUGUCAGUUGGGGAUGUGAAUAACAAGAUUUGUCCUCUUCUCUACCCAAGAGAUAAAAUAUUUGGAUUGUUUCCUUAAUCACAACAUAGCCCCCCCCCCCCCCCAUUUCAACCUCUUGAAGCCUAACCUCCUCAAAGUCCCACCACUUAAAAGCAAACAGUUCAACCUCACUAUUUCAUCCACCUCAACCUCACUACUCCAUCCAACUCAAUCUCACUACUCAUCCAGCUCAACCUCACUACUCAUCCAGCUCAACCUCACUACUCCAUCCACCUCANUCUCACCUCCACCUCACUACUUCAUCCACCUCACCCUCACUACUCAUCCCGCUCCACCUCUCUCCUCCAUCCACCUCAACCUCACUACUUCACCCACCUCAACCCCACUCCUCAUCCAGCUCAACCUCACUACUCCAUCCACCUCAACCUCACUACUCAUCCAGCUCAACCUCACUACUCCAUCCACCUCAACCUCACUACUCCAUCCAACUCAAUCUCACUACUCAUCCAGCUCAACCUCACUACUCAUCCAGCUCAACCUCACUACUCCAUCCACCUAAACCUCACUACUUCAUCCACCUCAACCUCACUACUCAUCCAGCUCAACCUCACUACUUCAUCCACCUCAACCUCACUACUCAUCCACAUCAAUCUCACUACUCAUCGAGCUCAAUCUCACUACUCAUCCAGCUCAACCUCACUACUAAUGGACAUCAACCUUACAAAUCCAUCCACCUAAACCUCACUACUCAUCCAGCUCAACCUCACUACUCAUCCAGCUCAACCUCACUACUCAUCCAGCUCAACCUCACUACUCAUCCAGCUCAACCUCACUACUCAUCCACAUCAAUCUCACUACUCAUCCAGCUCAAUCUCACUACUCAUCCAGCUCAACCUCACUACUCAUGCACAUCAACCUUACAACUCCAUCCACCUCAACCUCACUACUCAUCCAGCUCAACUCACAACUCAUCCAGCUUAACCUCACUACUCCAUCCACCUCAACCUAACUACUCAUCCAGCUCAACCUCACUACUCAUGCACAUCAACCUUACAACUCCAUCCAGCUCAACCUCACUACUCAUCCAGUUCAACCUCACUGCUCAUCCAGCUCAACCUCAUUACUCCAUCCACCUCAACCUAACUACUCAUCCAGCUCAACCUCACUAACUCAUGCACAUCAACCUUACAACUCCAUCCAGCUCAACCUCACUACUCCAUCCAGCUCAACCUAACUACUCAUCAAGCUCAACCUCACUACUCAUCCAGCUCAACCUCACUACUCUGUAAAAGAACUCUAUCAUUGAUUAGACUCUGUAUGAGGACUCUACCCUUGAACAUUAAAUAAAAGGCUGCGGCUAUUUGGACCCGAGUCCAAGAAGUUAGAGUUUGGGUUUAUUAAAAAAUAUUUUAAAAUUAUUGAAGCUUUUUUAAGACAAAAUUUGGUACCGGUAUCAAAUGAAAGAUAAUUGAAUUGACUAUAUGUUUGUAAACUUAUUUCUUAAGUUUAGCUGAAAUAAACUACCUACAAAUGACAUCCGAAUAGCAUAUAGUCAAAAUGGAACCGGAAACGCAUCGCCGCUAUUUGGACCCGGGUCUCUUUAGACUCAAUUAGACUUCUUAGCAGUUUUCUUACGUUUCCUUACAGAAUGAACGAUUUCUCAAAUAUAAAUACUGUUUUAUUUCACUAUUUGAUUUGAUGACCAAUGCUGUAGAACCCCCCCUCCCCCACACACACACCCUCACAUAUCCACACACAUUUUGGGCACACUUCUAGUGUAAUGGAAUUAAGGAAGAUAAUUUUUAACCACCCCAUGCUAUACCCAUUUGAACUAUUUGCUGAUGGAUAUUAUAUAUUUGAACUAUUUGCUGAUGCAUAUUAUAUAUUUGAACUAUUUGCUGAUGCAUAUUAUAUAUUUGAACUAUUUGCUGAUGGAUGUUAUAUAUUUGAACUAUUAGCUGAUGGAUGGAUGAAAUAUGCAAGGUUAAUGCUUUAUUACAUUUACUACCAAAAAUAAAACUCAGUUUCAAAUGAAAUAUAAUUGUUAACAUAAUGAAAACUAAUUUAAUUGUGUGCCAGCCAGGAAUAUCUGUACUAAACACACCUGUAUUUGACACAUCUGUACUUAACACAUCUGUAUUUAACUACAUAAUCAUGAUUAGUUAUUUCAUUUGUAUUGUUAUUGUUAUUCUUGACUCGUUAUUUGAAUUGUUAUUGUUAUUCUUGACCCCAGAAUCAAAGCUCUUAACUACAAGAAAUAAACCCGUCCUGAGUUCUUCAUUCCGAAGAGUAGCAGAUUUAAAGUCUGUACAGACACGAUCUGAUACACAAGGUAAAUAGCCAUGGUUGGGGGGGGGGGGGGGGCAUUGGUUUUUGCUUAAUCAGUAAAAAAAGGUGGGUUUUUUUUUUUUAGUAGGUAAUAAUAAAAAAAAAAAAAAGUUGAAGUUUUCGGUAUAAUUAAUUCUCUAUCCGAUUCACUUUUUAACUUCUCUAUAGAUUAAAGAAUAAAGAAAUACAUAGCAUUGAAAUAUGACUUCGACGUGACGUCCUUGGUAUUUCAGAAAAUUUCUUUGCCUUUUUGUUAUGACGACAGUGUGACGUCCAUGGUAAUUGAAAGUGGGUGAUCGUGACGUCGCGUUGACGUCAUCGGUAGGGCAGUUGUUUAAACACUUUUUAUUUUUGUAAGUCUCACAACUGCUUUAAAUGUAAAGAUUCAUAUUUUUAAGUCUCACAACCCCUUCAAAAGUAACAAUUAACAAACCAUCAAAAGUAACAAUUCAUUUUUGUAAGUCUAACAACCCCUUCAAAAGUAACAAUUCACAUUUUUAAGUCUAACACCCCCUUCAUAAGUAACAAGUCAUUUUUUUGUAAGUCUAACAACCCCUUUAAAAGUAACAAUUCAUUUUUGUAAGUCUAUCAACCCCUUCAAAUGUAACAAUUCAUUUUUGUAAGUCUAAUAACCCCCUUGAAAUGUAACAAUUCAUUUUUGUAAGUCUAACAACCCCUUCAAAUGUAACAAUUCAUUUUUGUAAGUCUAACAACCCCUUCAAAUGUAACAAUUCAUUUUUGUAAGUCUAACAACCCCUUCAAAUGUAACAAUUCAUUUUUGUAAGUCUAACAACCCCUUCAAAUGUAACAGUUCAUCUUUAAAUUUGAAAAAAAAAGUAUUCUAAAUUUUUAUUAUUUAAAAAAAAUAAAUUCAGUGGUAAGAUCAGGGUGUCCGAAUCUGGAGGGUGGAUGUGGCAUUUCAAGGUGUGUGCGAAGAAUAACAUUAUAUGAACAGGGGAUCUUUUGAAUACAGAGUAUUAUGACAAAUGUUUUGUUUUUUAUUUUCUUCAUUGACAUUUUAUUUCAUGUAAUAAAAACAGUUGAUUUUGUCAGUGCUUAAGUUGAUUCAGUCAGUUUUUAAGUUGAUUUUGUCAGUUCUUAAGUUGAUUUUGUCAGGUCUCAAGUUAAUUUAGUCAGUUCUCAAGUUUAUUUUGUCAGUCCUUAAGUUGAUUAUGUCAGUCCUUAAAUUGAUUUUGUCAGUUCUCCAGUUGACUUUGUCAGUUCUCAAGUUGAUUUUGUCAGGUCUUGAGGUGAUUUUGUCAAUCCUUAAGUUCUCUUUGCUAUUUAACUCAAAACAGAAGUUCAUUUUCUUUCCAAUUUUGACAUGAUUUGUUAAUUUCGUAUGGGAUGCAAGAAUUUGUUAAACAAUUUGUUGGAGGUUUGCAAGAAUUUUUUUUUAAACAAUUUUUUGGAGGUGUGCAAGACUUUAUCAAUUUGUUGGAGGUGUGCAAGACUUAAGGAAACUAUUUCUAGGGGGUGCAGAGUACGGAAAAGGUUGGGAAAUCCUGGCAAAGAUGACUGUUUAAAAACUAAAGUUGAUCAAAAUAGUUCACCUAUAUUAGGUAGUGAUAAACAGGAAAUGUAUUCCAGCUUUCAUUUACCAGAAGAUAUAAUUUAUAAAUAUUUUACUUCAUAUAUAGACAUUUAUAAUAAUAUACUUAAUACAUAAAUUUAGUUUUGCGCUUUCAGACUGAAGGUCAUGCUUUAUAAGUGUAUCAUGCCUAUAUAAUUGUAGCUUGUGUCAUAUGAGUUUAGCAUAUUUUAUAUGAGUGUAACAUGUUAUAUAAUUGUAACCAUUGUUACAUAAGUUUAACAUAUGUUAUAUAAUUGUGGCAUCUGUUAUAUGAGUGUAGCAUAUGUUAUAUAAUUGUAGCAUAUGUUAUAUAAUUGUAGCAUAUGUUAUAUAAUUGUCGCAUGUAUGUCAUAUGAGUGUAGCAUAGGUUAUACAAUCGUAUUUUAUGUCAGGUAAGUGCAGCAUAUGUUAUGAGUGUAGCAUAGAUCAUAUGAGUGUAGCAUAUGUUAUUUAAUUGUAGUUAAUGUCAUAUGAGUGUAGCAUAUGUCAUAUGAGUGUAUCAUAUGUCAUAUGAGCAUAGUGUAUGUUAUAUGAAUGUAGCAUAUGUUAUAUGAGUGUAGUCUACGUAAAAUCAAGUUAUCUGACUUAUUUGAUGUUUCAACUACGAGGUUAUUGAUCAUGACAUUUUUAAAAAAAAUGAAAUAUGCACCGGCCUUGUUUGAGAUGGCUUCAAUCAUCAGUGGAGAUAUUUCAUUUAAACAAUUAAAUAUGCACCGGCCUUGUUUGAGAUGGCUUCAAUCAUCAGUGGAGAUGUUUCAUUUAAACAAUUAAAUAUGCACCGGCCUUGUUUGAGAUGGCUUCAAUCAUCAGUGGAGAUGUUUCAUUUAAACAAUGAAAUAUGCACCGGCCUUGUUUGAGAUGGCUUCAAUCAUCAGUGGAGAUAUUUCAUUUAAACAAUUAAAUAUGCACCGGCUUUGUUUGAGAUGGCUUCAAUCAUCAAUGGAGAUAUUUCAUUUAAACAAUUUUGGAUACUUUUAAUUUUACUUAUAAAAUGCCAGUUACACUUAAAAUGAUAUUGAUGAUUAUAAACUAAGGCAAAACUUGUGCAAAAUAUUUAGAAAAUAAUGUGUGAUUGCUUCCCUUCUUCAUGUGUGUAACAAAAUGUGUGUUUUCUUCCCUUGUUCAGGUACAAGGCGGACGACUCUGAUGCUGUUCUCCAUCACUUUGAUCUACAUCCUCUCUUUCCUCCCGCACUUGGUCCUGAUGACAUUGAAAGCCCUGGGCUUGGAUACCCAUAAACUACACGGAGAAGCCGGGGAACUGCUGCUCAAUCUAUUGAUAAGAUCAUAUUUUAUUAACAGUGCCUCUAAUCCCAUCAUCUACAGCUUCUUCUCCAACAACUUUUUCAAAGAAUGCAAGAAAUUUCUCAUAUGUUUUCGUCAUAAGCAAUGACACUCUGCUCUGACACUCUGAAAUAAUUCAUGGCCACUCAAAUUUCCUGAAACAGCACGUUCAAAUAUGUCAAGAGAUAGGCAUGGCAAUAUGUCAAAAGAUAUGCAUGGAAAUUUGUCGAAAGAUAUGCAUGGAAAUAUGUCACACAAGGACAGUAAAUCCAGAUCUAUUAAGGUUGCAUGAAGUGGCGUAGGAAAUAUGUCACACAAGGACAGUAAAUCCAGAUCUAUUAAGGUUGCAUGAAGUGGCGUAGGAAGGAGAGGCAAUUGAAAGAAAAGCAUUGCUGGAUGGGCAAGGGGUGUAGGAAGGGCAGGCAAAUGAAAGAAAAGCAUUGCUGGAUGGGCAAGUGGUGUAGGAAGGGGAGGCAAUUGAAAAAAAAGCAUUGCUGGAUGGGCAAGUGGUGUAGGAAGGGGAGGCAAUUGAAAGAAAAGCAUUGCUGGAUGGGCAAGUGGUGUAGGAAGGGGAGGCAAUUGAAAGAAAAGCAUUGCUGGAUGGGCAAGUGGAGUAGGAAGGGGAGCAAUUGAAAGAAAAGCUGGAUGGGUGUCCCUUGGCAGUUUGACAUUUGGGGCCCCCUCAUGACAUUUUGGGCCCCCCAUGACAUUUUGCCCCCCCCCCUCAAAAAUUAUUUCUUAAUGUCAUAUCGGUCAUUUUCAAUAAAAUAUUAUGUUACAUAUAAUGACCAUGUUACGUAUAUUGACCACCAGCCCUUCUAACACUGCUGGAUAUAGGCCAAUUUAUUUAUGGAUUUUAGCGCCCCCUGAGGCUAUCAUCCGAAGAGGGGCCCUUCUUCGCACAGCCCUUACCAUGGUUCUCUAUGUAGUUUGUGCCUAGGGCCCAAAAGGCCUUAAUUCAAUCAUAACAUUGAACAUUUCUAUAAGUAUAAGGUGAUGUUAAUUAGUGCUAAGAUAGGGGACUUUUUCUAUAAGGUGAUGUUAAUUAGUGCUAAGAUAGGGGACUUUUUCUAUAAGGUGAUGUUUUAAUUGGUGCUAAGACAGGGGACCUUUUCUAUAAUGUGAUGUUUUAAUUAGUGCUAAGAUAUGGGCCCUAUACAUAUUCUUCAGAUAAAUAGUGAAGUUAAUAUUUACAAGUAAUCCCAUUAAAAUCAGAUGGAAAAAUCCAAGUGAAAUUAAAUUUUUGAAUUGUUUAUAAUAUAGAUUUUCCAUAGCUUUUGUUCAAAGUUUAAUUUAGAUUGGUAUUUUAUUUAUGUAGCUCAUGUAAUAAAAAACGAAAUUUUGUCUCUCAACCCUGAGCGGGAUUCAAACCCUUUCAGCAUUUUCUUCUGGAUAAUGAAGUGUUACAACUAUGUUUAAUGAAGUGUUACAAAUAUGUAUUAAUGAUGUGUUACAACAAUGUAUUAAUGAAGUGUUACAACUUUGUAUUAAUGACGUGUUACAACAAUGUAUUAAUGAAGUGUUUCAACUAUGUAUUAAUGAAGUGUUAAAACUAUGUAUUAAUGAAGUGUUACAACUUUGUAUUAAUGAAGUGUUUCAACUAUGUAUUAAUGAAGUGUUUCAACUAUGUAUUAAUGAAGUGUUUCAACUAUGUAUACCAAGUUUGAUCAUGAUCAAUUAAUCCAUGUAGAAACAUAUGUGGUAGAAAUCAAGUCAUUAUUGUCGCUAAAGGAGUUCAUUGUAGGUUGAUUUCUACACUAGUGAAAUACUUUAGAUGUCUUGUGUUCAAAUUAUUAUAAUUGUAAAAUGCUGUCUUGGUUAAAAUGUGUAUUUAUUUAUUUGCUGAAAAUGAAUAUGUACAAUGUAAUAAAAAAGCAUUUCCCUUUUUUUUGGAUCAAUAAAUAAUCUUAUAUUAUACUUUCUUAUCCGUUACACAAUACAAGGACUAUUUAUCAAGUACAGUUACAAUAAAAAUAACAUAACAAAUUUCAAAUUAAUUUGUAAAAUAAUUUUCAGUUUUGAAAAUACCAAACCUACACCAUGGGGUGACACAAAGAAAUAUGGAAAGUCCCAGAAACCCCAGAAACCCCAGAGACAGUAAGGAGGGGGCUAGUGAACAAAAAAUAGUUUGACCAUUACGUAUGGCAUACGACAUUUCAAUAGAACGUUAGGCGAUGGACAUACUUGCAUUAGCCAGAAAUGUUCGGGUCUCAUCACCUACUUAAGAAAUGACCUCCAAGGAGAGGUUGUGGUAACCUCUAGUGAUCAGCUCAUAGAUAUUUAAAAAGAGUGUCUUUGAUACCAAGUUAAGAAAUACAUCUUCGUGGACGGUAUUUGACCAACAAUUUUUUCUUCUUUUGGUCAAUAAUUUUGGAUAAUAGGAUAAAGAUUUUUAAAUUUAAAAGGAAAUGAGCAAAAUAAAAUAUGGGAAAAUAUGAAGAAAAAAAAACUAUGCAACAAAAGAAUGUGUAUAUUGAUCAUGUAUUGUCCUAGGUGGUAGGUGAGAUCAUGUAUUGUCCUAGGUGGUAGGUGAGAUCAUGUAUUGUCCUAGGUGGUAGGUGAGAUCAUGUAUUGUCCUAGGUGGUAGGUGAGAUCAUGUAUUGUCCUAGGUGGUAGGUGAGUGUACAAAGGUUCAGCUCAGUUGGAGAUCAGGAAGUGGGUGGAAAUUGAGAUGCAAGAUUCCACAACUGACAAACAAAAAAUGUACAAACAAAUAGACAAAGCAACUUAAGAAAAUACUCAUAAAAACACCUUUUUAUGAAUGAGUGACC